AUGUUGACAGACAAUGCGCCAGAGGCCGCCAUUGGCGCAGAAACAGUCGCAGUUCAUGUUGGGAGCUGCAUAAAUUCCUUCGACACUCUCUCGAUAGCCUUGAAGAAUCCGAACCGCGACUUCCAAGAUCAGAUCCGGCUCGAAGAUGUUCAAGAUGAAUUUGGGAGGUUCCGAAUUUGGUCUGGCAACAUCGGAGCUCAUAAAACUGGGAAAUCCUCGUUGAAUUACCGACUCCGGGAUGCAUCUCACAUUCGACAGAGGGUUGUAUCUUUGCUAGAAGAUUUGAGUGAGAUACUCCAAAACAGUCGGUGGCAAGCCCCCGAAAACACCCGUUCACUUACUAAUGUUCGCAAAGCUACAGCAAUUAUUAUGGGGGAGCAAGUGCCGUGGGACUGCCUGUCUUCUGAUUCUGACUCUGACUUGGACGAUGAUGUGGAGGAUCCUAAAGCCAACGCCGAUGGCGCAACGACGACCAGUGCUGUUGAAGACAAAACCGAGUUGAAACAAUUACAGUCUAGUAUGGUUGAGAUAGUGACUUGCCUGUUCAGACUUUCUAUGGCGAUUCGAAGUCCUGCACCGCAUGAUCAAUUCAUGAAAUCGACGAAUAUUGACACUUCCUACUAUGAGGAGUAUGAUAUUAUGCAUGUUCGUCAGAAGUUUCCCAAGGCUGAGGGAUAUCUGGUCAAUCGACUAGGAAGAGCCAUCUCGAGGCGCCGUCAGUACCUGAAGUAUCGCGAAUUACACCACAGAAAGCUCGCACACGGCCUUGAUAUUGAAGAAAAUAUCGUCCAAGACGUGCGCACUGAAAUGAUCCCUCAAAGCACGGUUGCAUCAUCGCUGCCUACCGUAUUGAAAGGAGUGGAUCAUAUCGACCUUACUGAAGACAGUGGCUCCGAGGCUUGUUACUCUGAGGCUUCCACGGCGACGUCCGCCAACGGCACAGCAAACUUACGUACACCUCCACUCCCGAAAGAAGCUCAGGAUGGCAGACCAUUCGAAUGUCCGUUGUGUUUCAUGAUAAUCUCAGUUCGAGGGACUCGGUCUUGGCGGGAUCUGCAUCCGUAUGUUUGCACAGGCGAGGACUGUUCAGCUCCAGAUAGACUGUUCGAUAACCGAACUCAGUGGUUCGAGCAUGAGAAGCAGACACACAGGCAUUUUUGGCAAUGUGUUGAAGGCUGUCAACGGACCUUCACCUCAAAAGUUUCAUUUAAAGACCACCAGCAACGAGAGCAUCAGAAGACACUUACCUCAAAGCAACUAUCCGCCUUCGUGAACAUUCACGAAAGCCAGAUAAGCUCGAAGACGGCAGUAGAAUGUCCCUUGUGUCAUGAAGAACAUCCUUUUUACCCGCAGCUCCGGCGACAUCUCGGGAAGCACCAGGAACAACUCGCACUUUUUGCACUUCCCUCCAAUUUGGAGGAGACUGAAGAAGAACAUGACGAGGAGGAGAACGUUAAUAUCGAUAAUGAGGGAAGACAAGAAGCCGACAGCGAUCGAUCAGUGUCCGACAGUGAUUCCCACGAAGAUGGUCAGAAAGAAACCCCUACGCCGGAAGAGCUUGGUCAACAAAUGAAAGAAGCAGAAGGUUCUAUUACUGAGCAACGCAACCCGGCUAUGGAAAGCGUCGAUUUAACGUCCACUACCGUACAAGGUCUUACUAGUGAUGAAGUGUCUCAUCAAGGUCGAGCCGGAAACCAGCCAAAGGAAGAGAUCGAACGAAUAGUGGCCGCCAAAAUAGACGAGUUGGAAAAUGAAGACGAUAAUUUCAAAGGAUAUGAAGCCGACGAGAAAGAAAUGACUGAAGGUGAUUUGAUUCUUAGAGCAGGAAGUGUUGAAAAUGCUACAUCCGAAGUCAUAUCAUACCCACAAAGAGGGAAAACACGAAUGCCGAAGGGACUAUGCCACACCGCAGCCCUUGUUGAGCUUGGCUAUCCUUAUGAGGAAGAAAGGGAUACGAUCGUGAUCAGCAGAGAUCUGGGUAUAAUGAAUAUCCGCGAAGUUGUCGAGCUUAGCCGGCAAUACAAAGGAACGGAGGAGCGGGAGAGAAAGCCUUCUGUUUUAGUGUCCGACAGAAGGAAAGGACGUAGUGACUUUCAUACUGAUGCUGCAACAAAACCUCAACCUCGAGUCCAUGGGUCAGAGCGGAAUGACUAUGUGAUAAAUCCAGAGUUUCAAGAUCUUAACGAAGGUCCAGUUGUUCCACGACUCUUUCUUAGACGAUCACGCCCCCUCGAGACAUCCGAUAGGGUGCCAGGGCAUCAUCAAUCUUUCGAUCACAAUCCACAGAGUCAGCCUUAUCUGCUUCGGUCAGAAAUAGAUUCUCUUGCAAAUUCAACCAAAACGCGUAGUCCCCUCGUUAAUCGAACAGACUUAAAAGGCGAUCGCGACCGCCGUACCGUCCACCAUUAUAUGGAUGACGAUGAAUCCGAUAAUGAUAUAAGGAGAAGCGAAACGUCAUCUUCUCAGCAUCGCGGUGAACGCGAUAUCGAAGCCAAGAUCAGAGCUCUUGAAAAAGAGAUACGGGCGUUGAAGUUGAAGCGCGCCCGUGGGGAUUAUGAAGAAGAUGGAGCGACGGAAGCUGCCAUCGAAAAUGAUUCCCACAGAGAAAGAGGGAUAGCAGAGUCGUCGUCUUGA